AUGAGAGAAACUUCUCGAAAUCUCCAAAAUUCGCCGACGACCUGCUUGUUUGGACCAUCAUAUAAGGAAGAAAAUUCGGAUUUCGAAUUCCGCAGUGUCCAUGGCGAAUCGCUCAAAAAUCUCGGCGAAAAGAAGCAGUGGAAAGCGGAUUUCCGAGGAAUUUCGAUGAUUUUUGAGCUCCGUACCACUGAAAAUGGCUACAGUACCCGGGUAUAUUGCAUGCCUGAGAAUCUGAGUCGCCUCUGGAAGGUCUCAGCCGAUGUAUGCUUCCAACAGGACACGCCCACUACAGUAACCCAUGGAAAUGAGCAAUUUCGCCAUGUGGAUUUCGACUCGGAACAUAAUUUUUGUGAAGAAAAUCGAGAAGGUUCGAUUGGAGGGGACUUCCUGUUUGUGGAAUUCAAAAUUCGCAUUUUGAAUGUGAGCGGACUGGUUUUGGCGCCAAUUUUGAACUUUGAAGAGCCACAAAAUGGAUUCUACGAUACGGUAUUGGUGGUCGAAGGACGCAAAGUCUUCGUGCAGAAACAGCUGCUGUCUCUGUACUCUCCAUACUUCCACACUCUCUUCACCUCGUCAAAUCCACCGAAUUCUGAAUUUUCGAUCGAUGAUUCUCAAAUCAAAUUCACCGAAUUUAUCGAUUUUCUGCAUCACAUUUAUCCGGAUUUCAGCUCCGCCCACUCGUUGGUGACGUCACGCAAUGUCGAAUCACUUCUGAGGAUGUCACAACGCUUCGAUUGCUCAUUGGUGGCGUUUAAGGCUGAGCAAUGGCUGAUGGAUGUCAAAUGGAUGGGUCCCGCGUGGAAAUUGAUCAUGUCGGAGAGAUACGGACUGGCCGGACUUCAAAACUACGUUAUUCAAAAUCUCGAAACGCAAGCAGAAAUUCAAAAAAUCUCGAAAUCCGAAUACUACUCUUCUAUGUCGGACGCCACGAAGACGUCAUUGCUCAGCCGGAUGUUCAUAAUUCUGGAGAAGGAUUCAGAAGACGUGACGACGGAUUCUGAAGACAGCCAUAGGUGUAGAUGUAAUGCUCGCGAAGCAUCUAGAGCUUCUGGAGCAGCUGGAGCUCGAGAAGACGUCAGAGGCAUCAGGAGACGUGACGAUGGACCCCCCUCUGGAGCAUCUAUGGCUGGAUUGGGAGCUCGCGAAGGACUCGGAGGGAAAAGAAGACGUCCCAACGAUGAUGAUGGUGCAGAAGACGAUAGCGAUGAGGAGAUGGAAGAGCAACAGUAUUCGAGAAUUUUCGACACGAUUGUCAUGGAUUAG